CCUCUCCGUUUGUCACCGGGAGUGGAGGACACACCGGAUCCAACGGUGACGCUUUUGUCUUUCCACCUGCGAAACGGAAUGGAUUUUUUGUUUUUCCUCCAGCUUUCGGGGAUGUAUAAUUUAAACACAGGCUAUUGAUGGGCAAUCAAAGUUACACUGACACGUUUAUCAAGUUGGACUGUGUUGGUUUAGUUUCCCGGUGAGUCCGUCGGACUCUGUGCGGUCGCGGCUGUAAAGUUUUGUCCUCCAAUCCAGUGAAGGCUCCGGUGUCUGUGUACGGACGUAAGGGGUUGAUGGGAGCAGGGCGAGGUGGAAACGCUCCGCCAUCGGCGCGUCUCUCUCUCUCUCCCUCUGUGUGUCUCACUCGCGUUCAGUCGUCUAAAACUCCGGCAGGUUUGCACCGAUGUGGUUUUAGCUGCUGGACUGGAGAGUUUUGGAUUCUCACUUUUGGAUCUACGGGAUGCAGCAUCAUCAUCAUCAUCAUCAUCAUCAUCAUCACAUGAACUCGCAUUAUGUACAACCCGAAGAAAAGCGGACCAGUGUGACAAGUUUAUUUUAAAUCACCAAAACACCUCUUUAAACCCCCCCAAAAGCGCAAUGAUUUUAACCGCUUUUGUCAUGAUAUUGUCCUUUCCGGACUCGGUGUUCACCUUGAAGGGGGACGUCAGCUCGUCCUCCCGGCCCACCCGCCCAGACUGCGUAAAGGCCAGCGAGCAAUGUCUGAAGGAGUACAGCUGCAGCACCAAGUACCGGACGAUGAGGCAGUGCGUGGCGGGCAGGGAGAGCAACUUCAGCGCGGUCACCGGUACGGAGGCGCAGGGCGAGUGCCGCAGCGCCAUCGACGCCAUGAAGCAGAGCACGCUCAACAACUGCAGGUGCCGGAGAGGCAUGAAGAAGGAGAAGAACUGCCUCCGGAUCUUCUGGAGCAUAUUUCAGAGUUUACAGGGUAAUGAUUUGCUGGAGUACUCUCCAUAUGAACAAGUCAAUAGCCGGCUCUCGGAUAUCUUUCGCUUGGCCCCCAUCAUAGCUGUUGAGCCGGCAUCUACAAAGGAGAACAACUGUCUGAAUGCUGCCAAGGCCUGUAACCUGAAUGACACGUGUAAGAAAUACCGCUCAGCAUACAUCAACCCCUGCACUAGCAGGGUGUCUGCUUCUGAGGCCUGCAACAAGCGCAAAUGCCACAAGGCCCUCCGACAGUUCUUCGACAAGGUUCCGACUAAAUACAGCUAUGGGAUGCUGUUCUGCUCCUGUCCAGCGGGGGAUCAGACAGCAUGUGCAGAGCGCCGACGACAAACAAUCGUGCCCGUCUGCUCCUACGAUGACAAAGACAAGCCUAACUGUCUGUCUCUUCAGAACACAUGCAAGACCAACUACAUCUGCAGGUCAAGGCUGGCAGACUUCAUCAGCAACUGUCAGCCAGAAGCUCACUCCAUAUCAGGCUGUCUGAGGGAGAGCUACGCUGACUGUCUGCUGUCUUACUCAGGUCUUAUUGGUACGGUGAUGACACCGAAUUACGAGCGAUCGCUCGGCAUCAGUCUGUCGCCGUGGUGCGACUGCGGCAGCAGCGGGAACAGCAAGCCAGACUGUGAACGAUUUGCAGAGUUUUUCACCAGCAACCGAUGCCUACGAAAUGCUAUCCAGGCAUUUGGCAAUGGUACUGAUGUCGGAGUGUGGCAGCCUCAACCCCCAAUUCAGCCCACCUUACCAGAGGCCAGCAUCACGCGGAGGGGCAAAGACCGAACCAGCAACGGACUGGAUGCACUCACGGACACGACCAAACUGGAUCUAGAUGAAGACUCUUUAUAUCACAUCUGUGGGACCUUACAGGCCCAAAAGCUGGUGUCAAAUCUGACAGUGGAUAAUGCUCAAUGUGUGAACCAUCAACUGGAUGAGUCUAGCAGCUCAAAUGCCAACGCUAGAAGCCCAGCAGCUGGACUCCCCCGCUUACACCCCUCAAGCGUGCUCCUCUCACUCGCCUUUGCUUUAACGCCAAUGCUACGACGGCCUGAAGGUUUCCAGCUGUUGUAGGAGCCGAGGACUACGGAUCAACACUUUUCUCUCUCUCAAGAAGUGAUCCAACUCAUUUUUGAUUUCGACAUUUGCCAAAGUGUGACACUGACGCCUUUUUUUUUCUUCUUCAAAACGGAAAUAAUCAACACAGCCCGGUGAGAGCGCUGACGUCAGACGACAGUGGAUUAUCGCCGAGCGGUCCGUUUUAAAUGUUGCUGAACACAGACCUGCUGAAGCCGUUGCUGAGAUAUCCGCUCAUUUGCCUUCCACCAUUACAUGCUGAGGGAACACUCACUUCUUUUGUGGAGUUCAACUCUGUGAUCUGAUAAGCAUGUGAAUAAAAUUCACCUCUUUGGAAUGUGUUGCAAUCGGAGCACAUUUGACUGAAUGUGCUGAACAGUGUUUUUGGGGGGGAAGGAGUGGGUCAUUUCUGUAUUACCUGUGCUUGGGUUUGUCCAGCCAAUAAACCUGCUUCAGUUCAACAAAAAGAAAAACUAAGUGUUGUAUAAAAGUGCUGAUCUAUAAUACGUCACAAGGGACCACUAACACAUCUCAUAGACACACUGAAUGGAAUAAUAACUAUUGAACUGAUUUAAGAUGCCAUCACAUCAGCCAGAAGAAAAGUAACAAUUUCUCUUCUACAUGUUCGGUACUAGGUAGAGAUCAGUUUUGUAGAUUUAUUUGAUUGUUAUGGUUGUUUGUGGUUUUAAUCACAUCGCCUCUAAAAGAACAUUUUGUAGAUAUGAUACAUAAAGUGAACACUCUAUAACAGUAUGCUGCCGUUAGCUUGUAACAUAUUGUCUGUGAUGUGUUUUGGGAGUCUUUGUUAGGACCUGUCAGCGUUAUCCAGUGUAACUGAUUUAUAAAAUGUGACAGGAUAUGGUUCUUUAAUCGUGUGGUUAAAGAUAUGACUGUUGUGUGGUUAUAUUUUGUUGUAUGAUUGCAAAGUGCAUAAUGUUAUCUUAAACAGUACUUUUGUUAAGAACAAACCGUCAAUGUGUAACAGCAACAAGAACAUAAAGACUUUACAUAAAGGGGUCUUUAAUGGCAAAAACGAAUUUAUGUUAUCUUUCUGUUCUACUGAGAGUGGAAAUGUUGUGAUGGUUUGAUUGAUUUUUUUUUUUGUUAGAGAGAUGAAUAUAAAAUGUACAUAUUCACAAGUAGAACCAAUGCCAAAAGACAAAACACUGCUAGCAAUUACUACGGAGACAAAGGACGAGAUGAAAACACUUGCAUAGUUAUUAUAAACUUAAUGACACACUAAUUAUCAAAGAUAUUCAAAGAAUGUACAACAUAAAGACAAUGAACACUGAAAACGUGUCUUUAAACAUCGUUGCUAUUUCUAAAAAUGUGUGAAAUGUGCAAAUGUGUCUGUAAAACCACUUCCAGAUAUUGUCCCUGCAGACAUCUUAAUGAUGAGAUUUGGGGUUCUUUUUUAAAGGUUUUGGUCAAAUAAUAUGACAUCAGCUUUUGUCUAAUUUGACCGAAAGACAUUAACAGGAUAAACUUGAAGACAUCUCAUACAGGAGGCCACUUUUAUGUACAAAUAGCCACGAACAACAUUUAAAAAUAUGUUAUCUGUUCAGUGUUUCCCAAACAGCUGAAAUAAAAAUG